AUGCUGCUGGCGGAGCAAGCGCAGAAGUGGUUCCCCACGCACGUGCAGGUGACGGUGCUGCAAGCCCGCGGGCUCAAGGCCAAGGGCAAGGGCGGCACCAACGACGCCUACACCAUCAUCCAGCUGGGCAAGGAGAAGUACUCCACCUCGGUGGCCGAGAAGACCCUGGAGCCCGUGUGGAAGGAGGAGGCCUCCUUCGAGCUGCCCGGCUUGCUCAUGCAGGAGAACCCCGAGAAAUACGUGCUCUACCUGCUGGUCAUGCACCGCUCGCUYGUGGGGCUGGACAAGUUUUUGGGACAGGUGGCAAUAAGCCUCAAUGAUGUCUUCGAGGACAAGCAAAGGAGGAAAACGGAGUGGUUUAGCCUAGAGUCCAAGCAAGGAAAGAGAACUAAAGACAGAGGAGAAAUAAAGGUCAAUAUUCAGUUCAUGAGGAAUAACAUGACAGCGAGUAUGUUUGAUUUGUCAAUGAAGGACAAAACCAAAUCCCCUUUCGCCAAACUGAAAGACAAAAUGAAGGGGCGAAAGAACGACGGGACGUUUUCGGAUACCUCCUCUGCGAUCAUUCCGAGCACCCACACACCCGAUGCAAACCCAGAGGUUUACGGGAGUGAAGUGCAAAUGAAAUCCAAACCAAAAAAGCCUUUCCUGCUGGGACCUCAGCGCCUGUCGUCAGCUCACUCCAUGUCAGAUCUAACAGGACCACACAUCUCUUUGGAAAAGAUGAAGGCCGGCACGGUUGGCUACCCACAUGUUUUCAAGCGCCAACUGGAAUCGUUUGGUUCGGUUGAUGAAGGUGGGAGCCUAAAAUCUCCUCACAGAAGGACAUUAAGUGUUGAUACUUCUAAAAUGAACCAGCCUGACAGCACAGUUGAUGAAACUGCACUUGAAGCACAAAAUGACCCAUUUACCAACGUGAGUGCUUCUCUACCCCAGAAAUUUGCCACACUGCCACGACAGAAGAACCCCUUUGAAGAAAGCCCGGCAGCGUGGGAUCAAAACAUAAGUUUUUUUUCCAAGCCUGUUGAAAUCAAAAAAGAAAUUAAAAAAGAGAAAAAAGAGAAAGUUAGCCUUUUUGAAAGAGUGACUGGGAAGAAAGAUAGCAGGAGGUCAGAUAAACUUAGCAAUGGGGGAUCAGACAGUUCUACUGAUUUGAAAUCACCUAGUGCAUUUGGUGAAACUCAUCAGGAGAGUUUUGAUUAUGAGUCAACUAAUCCGUUUAUGACAAACUUCAAGCCUACAAGCAUGUUGCCAUCUUCAAGUUUUAAUACGAAUCCUUCUGGCAUUGAGGAUCUCAGGAAAACGAUGGAAGGAAAUCCUUUUGAUGCCUCUGCAGGAUACCGUAAUCUUACUUAUGAAGAGAUUUUGCAGGAGCUCGUGAAACAUAAAGAGCAACUUAAGAAGAAGGACACCCAUAUUCGUGAACUUGAGGAUUACAUUGAUAAUCUUCUCGUACGAGUAAUGGAAGAAACGCCUAGUAUUCUCAGAGUGCCAUAUGAACCUUCUCGAAAAGCUGGCAAAUUUUCCAAAAGCUAAGAUGAUACUUGCUGGUAGUUUCUGCUGAAUGUGUUAAUGGAAGGAAAACAAAACAUUUGGACUGCUUUU